AUGGACAUCGUCAAGCUUAUUGAGCCUUGCAUCCGAGCUCUCAUGUGCCUGCUAGGGAUUCUGGGAAAUAGCUGGCUGGCAAUUCGCACUCUGCCCAGCAGAAGAUCUCAGCUCCGUACCAACGAAGCCCUAUUCCUCAACCUGGCCGUCUCCAACCUCAUCACCAAUGUCCUGGUGGAUGUGCCUGAUACCAUGUCGGAGUUCGCUGGCGGAUGGUUCCUGGGGAAUAUAUACUGCAAGAUGUACUGGUUCUUCUCAGACCUCUCUGAAACCAGCAGCAUCUUCUCCACCCUGCUGAUCAGUCUGUUCUGGUACCAGAAGCUUGUGUGGUCGCUGAAGCGGGGUGGAGCCCGAGUGGCACUGGACAGCCUCCGCCUGAUCGCCCCGCUGCUGGCUGGGAGUUGGGCUGUCGCUGUGCUCUUCAGCUUCCCCAACCUCAUCUACGGCGUCUUGGAAACCAAGAACCAAACAGCAGCUAAAUGCAUAGUAGAGUUUCCUUCUCAAAAAGCCAAGGAAAUCUAUGAAAUCGCGUACUUGACCCUGGCUAAUGUCGUGCCCAUUUCUGGAAUAUUAUUCGCUAGCGUACAGAUCGUGGUGACCUUACUCCGACACCGGAACCGCAUCCAGGGAAUGGGUGCUGACCCACCCCCUGCCCCCCAGACGCUUGGGCCAGAAGGAUCCAGCCUGCCAGGGGGGACAGCGGCAGGAGGGGCUAAAAAUAUUCCACCCCCACGACCCAGCAAGCCCACACCGAACGCUGGCACCCAAGUAAGGGCAGCCAAGAGCAAGGUGGCUGUGGCCAGCAUUUUCCUGGUCUGCUGGCUGACCCAUCUGCUAUCGCGCAUUUACAACAACAUCAAUGAGUCGUCCGUGUUGAUGGAUGUAGCCUCAUACGCCGGUUCCUCCUACACCAGCAUCAUCCCCUACAUCUUCCUCUACGGCAUCAGAAAGCUGACCUGCUCAUGUCGAGGGUGA